CGCCUCACUGACCGCACACUCACCCAUCAACCACACAUCACCUCACACCCACGUCAGUGCGCCAGCCAGACUGUUGUACUCCCCACGAUCACACACACACACACACCAUGAGCGAGCCAAAGCGCGGUGAUGAGGAAGCGCGUGAAGCGCAGCCUCCUCUCACAACAGAGGCAGGCAGGACACACACAGGCACUGGCACGUCUGGGGUGCCACGCAUGCCGGGCGAUUGGGUGUGCGAUCAGUGCGGGGCGCUCAACACGGAGCAGCAGUUCCCGUGCACCCAGUGCCGGUACCCCUUGUUCGAGCUGGAGGACGCGCACCGGCAAGAGGCGGGGGUGUUUGAGGGCCGCCACUCAAGCGUGUCUGUGGAGCCAAACGCACAGAACCCGCACGCCGGGUCCCGCGGUCGGCCACGCGACGCUGGGCCGCCGCAACGGGAGCCCACCACCCCAAUCGAGCGAACAUUCGCCCAGCUCUCCGUGGAAGAGAAGGAGGGCCUGGCUGCGCCUGUUCCCCACCUCAACUGGCAGUGCCCCGUCUGCUACGUGAUCGGCGCCGAGGCACCGUGCGUCUGCUGCGGCUAUGACCCAGACACCACAGAGCUGCCUGUGCUCGCAGCCGCAGAGGCGCAGGAGGAAGCAGAGGAGGAAGAGCGCUCGCUCUACGAACAACAGCUCGCAGCCGGCACCAAGAUUGUCGAGGUAACCCACGGCGCGCAGGCAGGCCCGAUUCCUCUGCGCAGCGGCGGGUUCCGGUUCCGCGUGUGGGCACCAAACGCACAGCGCGUCUUUGUCAUGGGCGACUUCAACAGCUGGAAGGAACGCGACCAGGCGUGCGAGAUGCGCAAGGAAACAAACCUCACGCACUGGCGCAUCGACAUCCCUGCUGCGCGCACAGGCCACCGCUACGCUUUUCUCGUCAAGUUCAGGCAACCGGACAAGGAGUAUAUGAACAUGAAGGACAUGACCAGGCACCGCCCCUCGCGAAAGGAUCGUUUUGUCUGGCGCGAGGACCCGCGUGCUCCGAUGCUGGUGUCCUGCCAUGAGCAUCGCCGCCGCCACUUCUACAGCGUCCUUUACGAUCACUCUGAGUUUCCGUGGACUGACGGCGACUUCAUACCGCCCCCAAUCAACAAGCUCGUCCUGUAUGAGCUGCACGUGGCGUCGUUCUCCAAGGCGGACGGGCAAGACCACGGCACAUUUGCAUCCACCACUGCGCGUCUCGACUACCUGAAGAGCCUUGGCAUCAACGCCAUCGCCCUAAUGCCCAUCACCCACGACGACCACCCCAAUGAACACCACAACAUGCCGUGCUGGGGGUACGAUCCCAUCUCGCUGUUUGCGAUUCACCCAAGUUACGGCACACCAAACGACCUGAAGCUGCUGGUCAACACCGCGCACGAGCUGGGCAUGGUGGUCGUGUUCGAUUCCGUCUUCAACCACAUGCACUCACGCUCCAUUCUCCAGUUCUGGGACGGCACAAACCUCUACUUUGAGCAGGAGGGCACGGAAUGGGGCCCACGCCCCCGCUUCACAUCGCAUGGAGUUCAGGAUUACAUCAUCGACUCCAUUGUCUCCUUCUUCCGCGAUUAUCACAUGGACGGCGUUCGCGUCGACUCCACCUCAAAUGUCCGCGGUCAGGGCAGCGACAUCCCGGGUGGCUGGCAGCUACUACAGCGCAUCAACGACGUCGUGCACGAGAAUUUCCCGCGCGCGUUCACCAUUGCGGAGGAUUUGUACGACGACCGGCGGCUCAACACGGGCGGCGCGUGCUUCGACCUGCAGUGGUGCCAGGGCACAUUCAAGGCGCUGUUUAACGUUGCUGAGCCGACGAAAGACGCGCGACGCAACAUCGGGGAGCUGGCACAGCACAUCAGCCGCUCCCACCCGGGACACAUGGGUGGACGUGUGCUCUACACUGAGAACCACGACACAGCGCCAGGCGACAGGGAAAAGCGGAUUCCCCUCGCGAUUGUGCACGGCGAUGAAAAGAGCGUUGGAUCGUUCUACGCGGUCAUGCGCACCACCCUCGUUGCCAGCAUCAUGUUCUGCACACCAGGGGUACCCAUGCUGCUCCAAGGUCAAGAGAUCUUCGAGUGCGCGUCACCGGAGUGGCCCGUCGGUCCAACUGUCGACUGGAAGCGCAUCUACGAAUUCCCGGGCGUCAACCUCGUGUUCAGGGCGCUGAUUGCACUGCGCCAGAACCAGCACGACAACACGCUUGGGCUAACGGGCCCAUAUGUGCGUGUGCAUCAUCUCAACGAAAGCGAUGGCGUCAUGGCCAUUCACCGCUGGGCAAAGGGCGGGCCUGGUGAUGAUGUGAUGGUCGUUGCCAACUUCAGCAACAAGAAGUUUUCCAGCUACCGCGUCGGCUUCCCCCGUGAAGGCCGGUGGAGUGUGCGACUGAGCACAUCGCAGGCGGCGUACAACGAUGGGCAUCACGACACGAGCAUUGACGUGCCGGAGCACAUCAACGUGACCACGCACCAUCCACGCGACGGAUACCCGUUUUCGGGCGCCAUUGCCCUUUCGCGCUACACCGCCAUCUUCCUGUCGCAGAACGGCGAGGCGCGGCUGGUGUUCCGCGUCAAGCAGGAGACGGAGUGGGGCACCAGCGUCGGCAUCUCGGGCUCAGACCCGGCCCUGGGGAGCUGGACGCGAGCGAUUGAGCUGCGAACGGACACUGCAGAUGCGCACUACCCCUGGUGGCAGAGCGAUCCCGUUGUCGUGCCCGCACGCACAGAGCUCUCUUACAAGAUGGUACUGUUGCGCAACGAUGAAAUCGUGCACUGGGAGGACCGCGAUGACCGGACAAUAUGUCCACCCAUCGGCCGCGUUCGCCUCAUCCUCUCUUGAUCCCGCCGGCUCUGCAUGCGCUGUGUGCGUGUGUAUACGUGGGUGCGCGUGCGUCUGUAUGUCUGUCUGUCUGUUACUUCAGGCCCACCUUCUUCUGGAAUAUGGCGUGCGUGUGCUGCCUGUUGUGUGGUUCCUUUCCUUUGCCCUUGUGUUAUCAGAAUCAAGUACAUGCGUACGUCACGGA